GGACUUUGAAACAUCUGGAUUUUGGUUUCCUUUGUCCUCCCGUUUAUCCCUCAAGUCGAAGAAUCGUCGUCCAUCUUCUUAUUGUUAUCCAAACCCUAGCUACGGAAUUUGAUUCUCGAAGAUCAUUCUGAUUGUGAAGCCACGGAAUUUUGUCACCAUCUUCUUCGACUAUCCAAACCCUAACCCAAUGCAUCCGAAAAAUCAACAACGUCUUCAGAUCUUCGUUCAUUCUCCCGACCUCCAAAUUCAAUCAAAAAUCCUAAACCUAGCACGAACUUCCGCCCAAACCCUAGAGGAUCUUAAAUUCUCUCUUCUCCCGCAAACGCUUGCUCCACGGUCUGCGUCAUCUUUCUACUUCACCUUGAAUGGAAAACCCCUCCUUGAUUCCACCCCAGUUACCAGUUCUCUAAUUUCCCCUCUGUCCACCUUAAUUUUAAGAACCAGGAUCCAUGGCGGUGGUGGUGACGGCGGUGCAACCGGGGCCGAAUCCCGUGACUGCUACCUUAAUAUGUACGCAGAGAAGAAGCCCGAUAAGGUCGACCCAAACGAGCAGAGGCUGUCCAAGUGGUUGAACUGCGCCCUUUCUAACGAGCCUUUGAGGGAACCUUGCGUGAUCGAUUGGCUCGGAAAUGUCUUUAAUAAGGAGUCGCUCGUGCAGGCUUUGCUAGAGAAGAAGCUGCCAAAGGGAUUCGGGCAUGUUAAGGGUCUGAAGGAUAUGAUCAAGAUAAGUCUUUCGGCAAUUCCUGGUACAGAAUCGGGUAGCAAUGCGAUUUCAGGGCCACGGUUUCAGUGCCCGAUUACUGGGCUCGAGUUCAAUGGUAAGUACAAGUUUUUUGCUCUGAGAACUUGUGGACACGUUCUGAGUGCAAAGGCCUUGAAGGAGGUUAAAUCUUCCUCAUGCCUUGUCUGUCAUGCUGAGUUUAAGGACAGAGACAAGUUAGUGAUCAAUGGGAGCGAGGAGGAGGUAGCAGUACUGAGAGAGAGGAUGGAGGAAGAGAAAUCAAAAUCAAAGGAGAAGAGGCUGAAGAAAGUGAAGAAUGGGGAAGUGGGGAUGAAUGGAGAUGUGAGUGUGGAUUUGGCGUCAUCCCGUUUGUCUGGUAAAAAGCAUGGUAUUGAAGUUAAGGCAUCGGAGAAGGUUUCAGCUAAGCUUGAAAGGAAUGAGCGGCCGGAUGGUGGUAUUCAGGUAAAGGUUGCAGCAAAUAAUGGUGCUGUAAAGCGAUUCAAAGCAGCAGACAUGGCCCCUCCCAAUGCUACCAAAGAAGUCUAUGCUUCGAUAUUCACCUCAUCCAGGAAGUCAGAUUUUAAGGAAACGUAUUCUUGUAGAUCUCUUCCACUGGGUCGGAACUGAUCAGUGUUAAGAAUUGCCUUGUUCUGUUUAUGGCGAUUCUCCUUAUAUUGUUUAUGUCUCGUUGUUGCUAAUUGAUGUAAGAUAUGGCCUAUUAGUUUACAUUCAUUAACGACUGUUGCUCUGUGGAACUGUUUUUCAAUCUUAGAUCAGUCCAUGUUCUUGGAAGUCUUGCGCUGAUCAAUCCCGUUUCUUAUCAACAUCUGAGUUCAUGUUUGAGGUCUUGAAAAUAAACCCCCUGAUGGCUGAUGGAGUCUCUUCUUUGUAUAUUUUGAGAGUUAAUUUCUUCUGUAGGAGGCGUACCUCUUUCUUUGUUGUGUUAUAUAUCAAUAUCUGCUGAAUAUUAUAUGCUGAGAUAUCCCAUAAGGUUUCCUUUGUGUGUGUCUGAUGGGAUUAUGGCAAAGUUUGUACUUUGUUCA